AGGUGGUUGUUGGUUUUGCUUGAGACGCAGCUGUGGUUGGUUGCUGCUGCGUCUGGGACGGAAACAUGGGGUUCACCGUCCCCGUCUGCCUCUUAGGAAGUAUUUCUCUAACCAAUGUCAGGCGAUAGUGAUGGCACCAUUAGAAGUCCCUCUGAAGGAUCUCUGUCAGGAAUUGAGAUCCUGUCAGUUCAGACAACAUAUGUGUGUACGCUGUCUGCUGAGCUUAUUGCCAAAGCACGUGAAGAGCUGCAGGAAAAACCUGAGUGGCGGCUUCGAGAUGUUCAAGCCCUUAGAGAUAUGGUGUGCAAAGAUUAUCCUAACCUGGGGACAUGCCUAGAUGAUGCUUUCUUGCUUAGGUUCCUUAGAGCAAGGAAGUUUGAUUAUGAUCGGGCACUUCAGCUUCUCGUGAACUAUCAUUGCUGUAGGAGAAGUUGGCCUGAGGUUUUUACAAAUCUGAAGCCAUCUGCUAUAAAGGCUGUCUUGGAAUCGGGCUUUGUCACUGUGCUUUCUCACUUAGAUAAUGAGGGACGCCAUGUUGUCUGUAUUCGUCCAGAUAGGUGGACACCAAGUAACUACCCGAUUACCGAAAACAUUCGUGCCAUAUACUUAACGUUAGAAAAGCUCAUUCAAUCUGAGGAGACCCAAGUGAAUGGAAUUGUAAUUCUUGCAGACUACAAAGGAAUCAGUUUAUCUAAGGCAUCUCACUUUGGACCCUUCAUAGCGAAAAAAGUGAUUGGAAUUCUUCAGGAUGGCUUUCCAAUUAGAAUAAAAGCUGUCAAUAUCAUAAAUGAACCUCGCAUAUUCAAGGGAAUUUUUGCUAUUCUCAAACCAUUUCUGAAAGAAAAAAUAGCAAAUCGGUUUUUUCUUCAUGGGUCAGACUUGAGGUCUCUUCAUCACAACCUUCCACCUCAAAUUCUCCCUGAAGAAUAUGGUGGCACGGCAGGGAAGCUUGAUAUCUCUAUCUGGAACGAGUUACUGCUGGCAUCAGAGGAUGACUUCCUGUAUGAUGUCUCACAUCUGCCUCUCUCCAGUGACUGUUCACCACAUGAUCCAUUAAUGAGUGGAGAGAUUGAUGAGAAGCAAUGUGAUGACUCUUUGCGAAGCUUCAAAACACAGCUCUAUUCCUGCUAUUAGUAUAGCAGAUAAAGCUUCCAAAAUGUCACCUUGCUGUUUACAAAGGGAAUAUGAAUUCUCUCUUAGUUCUAAGACUACAAGAUGUGGGUGUUGAUAGAUGUCACUUUACUUUGGAACCAAAGCAAAUCUAAGUAGAAGAGUUGGAACAAAGUGAAAUUAUGCGGCACACUGGCAAAUGGAAGUUCUUUGAGCCAGCAGGAAGUUAUUGUGGUAACUGACCCAAUUUCAAAAGCAAAUCAAAUGCCACAAAUGAAUGCAGCUGAAGGAAAGCUGCUGAUAACAAGGUCCUAAGCACAAUUACUUGGAAGGAAGUUGCACUGAAAUUAAUGGAACUUGCUUCCAAAUAAGGUUUAGGUGCAAAGCACUAGAUUCUUUCUCAGGCUGAAGGGGGCAAAAAUAAUGUACAAAUCUGAAAGUGCAGUAAUAUAGAGCUAACUCUGCAGAGAAAGGAAUGUGAGCUAAAUGAUACAAGGAUAGCUGACUAAAAGCUUUAUCUGCCAUAAACUAAUCUAAGAGAUACUCAGCUCUCUAUUCUGUUGCCAUCUGUAAAGUUCAGCAUUAUUCACAAACAUGCAGCUUUGUAUACUAUAGGGAGUGUUAAUAGGGAGCGUUAACACUUUGAAGUUGAUUCUUGCAGAAAGAAUGAGCUAUUGAAGUUCUGUUGAAAGCACAUACUCAUUUUUUUCUUUUAUAAAGAAAGCAUCAAAUAAUCUGUGAGCCAAUUUUAUUCCCAUACUUGAAUUUGCAUAAGACAGGACCAGCUGAGAAAGCACAUAGUUUUGCAUACAGCUAUAGCAUUGUUGGUUAGUACCCUGCCUGAUGAAAAUAGGUCUGGGGAAAAGUACAGACAUUGUGAUAGUUGUAAAUCUCUGCCUGUUAAGAAAAGAGGUAACUUGUUUUGAUUAACUUUGUUUUUGGGAGAGAGAAUUUUUGAAAUGGUCUCUGUAAAGCAGACAUAGACAGGGUAUUUUACAAGCACAAUAUUCCAUUUAUAAAUACUGGUUUCUCCCCAUUCUCUGUUAUUUUGUCAGGUGGGCCUCAAUGCUGUUUCGAUCUUGGCUUCCCUUCCCAAGGCCAAUAGUCUCAUCUCUAGGAUAAAAUGUACUGUAUAGGAAAGGAUCUAAAACCCUGAUAUAUUUUUAGAUCCUUUGUACUGGUAGAUCAUCUUUCAGCAGGUGACAUAUUUUGUCUUUGAAUCACAUAUUCAACUAAAGUUACAGGCAGUUUGAGCCCAUUCUUUGCAUGCAAGGAUGAAACUGCAAUGGGACUUUGUACCCACUGCUGCCCAUAAGGCAGCAGCUCAUCUUAUAGCACUUUUUAAAUUAUUGGAACUAUAGUGGAGGCUCUUGCCUAGUGCCAAGUAAGGCCAGAAGCUGGUGCUUACUGUAAAUAUAAGAUUGUCUGCAGGUUGACCAUUUUAUCGCCAGUGCCAAAAUUGUAUUUACUUUUAGUUUUUCUAAAUUACAGUAACUUGCUUCUCUAUUGCCAAAAGGUGAAGCAGUUUAGUCAUGUGACUGUGCUUCAAUUAGAGUUCUAAAUACAAACCCAGUGUGGUAUUAUAGCUAUCUAAACAGACAUGAAACUGGUUUCUAAGCCUACUACCCAUCUCCCUUGUCUUGCUAAGUUUAUUUACCCAUUGGGGUGGUUUUCUACCCGCACAUAAUUAGGAAAAGAAGUUUAAGGUAUCGGUUAAGGCACAAGAUACACUUUUCUGCCUAUGUAUUCUUACUGGAAAGUGCUUAUCAGAUUUGUGUAUGACAAAUGUAUGUUAAAUGAUAAUGGAUGUUCUUUUCUUUAUUGGAAGAAAUCUUUAUUCAGAAAAGUCAAAAUUGGCAGGCUUUGGUAGCUGAAAUUGAAAUAUAUUUAUAAAGGAACUGGCUUGAAUCACAAAUUAUUUUAAAAAUCACUGUAACGUGUCAGGGAAAAGCUCUUUGCUCACCAAAAUUGGGAGCUCAUUUCUAGGGCAGCUAUUCUAAAGUACACUUUAUCCGUUCUUUUUAAUUUUUCCCUCUUAAAUGAGAAGCCAGUCUUAAAUGAUAGUGAAUGAUAAUGAUUAUUAUUAUGAUAUAGGAAGUUAAAAUUCCAUGGUUCCUUUUUUCCUGCAGUGUUAACAUUUCUUGUAGCAAUCUUAAGAACUCAAAAUUUCUUGUAGCAAUCUUAAUAAUAAAAGAAAAUAUAAAUCCUGACCAAAAGAAAAAAAAUGCUGGAUUCUCCAGUGUUUCAUUCAACAAUAGGUUCUUGAAGAAUGCCAAUUUAAUUUAAUACCAAUUCAAUGUUUGUCUCCUUGUACUUAACAUUUUGUUGCUAUACCACACCUCUCUUUCCCCAUAUAUACCGGAAAUAGACUCUGUAAGAUUUGUAGCUAUUAUUUACCCUCUAAGAUGCAUAGUCUAAAUCAGGGUUCCUCAACCUUGGCGACUUGAAGAUGUGUGGACUUCAACUCCCAGAAUUC